AUAGCUAGGAAAUUUGUAUAUACCGUCACAGCUUGAUUCUGUGGAGCGAUUGAAGUAUGGAGAUAUACAGAUAUAAGUAUCAAAACUCCUUUCAUCUUUUCCUUUACAUUAACUCAACUACAGUCAUCUUUGUCUUUAAGCAGUCUAUCUAUUCUACAAAAUCCUCUCCUAUAUUCGAACGUUAACAUACAAAAAUGAAGGUAGCCACUACUGUCGCUCUAUUAGCGUUUGCUGCCAUUGAAGUCGCUUCGUACCCCAGGAUAGCCGCUGAAUAUGCUGAAAAACUCGCAAAGGCAUAGCGUGGCAAACGAAGCUCAGCUGCGCGAGACCCUUUGCAAAAGCGUUUUGGUUUUGAUGCUGCAUCGCAGUACGUUAGCACGACCGGAAAGAAUGCGUUCGUUCCACCAGACUUUGAUGCAGGAGAUGCUAGAGGCCCUUCCUUGCCCCAGAUUCAAUGCUGCAGCAAACCAUGGAUAUAUUUCCCACAAUGGUGUUGGAACCAUUGGCGAUUUUAUCGAAGGUACCAACACUGCCUUUGGCAUGUCGUUGGAUCUUGGAGGGUUUCUCGGCAUCUAUGGCGCCGUGUUCGAUGGCAACUUGCUAGGCAUGUCUGAAUGUUCUUUUUCAUGGGCGGAUGCUAACCUCCUAUAGCUUGGUCGAUUGGUGGACCAACAGCCAAUAAUGCUCUUCCUUUGGGCAAUCUCUUGGGUCUUGCCGGACAGCCUCGAGGAAUUUCUGGCUCACACAACAAGUACGAAAGCGACACCUCUCCAACUCGUCGGGAUCUUUACUUGGCUGGAAAAUCCUUCAAUCUUGAGGUCGAUUUGUUUCAAAAGUACUAUGAUGUCUUAAUUGAGGGGUUGGUGCCGAUGCACAAUAUCAAGGACUUCUUAACUUCAGAAUUGACCGCUUCAAUAACUCUAUUACGACGAAUCCGUACUUCUUCUCUCCACCUUCUGCCGGUGUACUCGUCUCACUUGCCGGUUACAACUUCCCAGUUCGAAUGAUGUCCAACAAAUCUGCAGAAUUUCCGAAGGGCUCGUUGACAAAAAGUGACUUGAUGUCUUUCUUCGCCAUUACUGGCGAGUCUGACAACUUCCAAUAUGCUCCUGGCCAUGAACGAAUCCCAGAUAAUUGGUACAAGAGAGCUAUUGGUGAUGAAUAUUCCAUUGCCAGCUCUCUUGCUGACGUCCUCGACUUUGCAGAGCAAUAUCCACCUCUUCUGAAUAUUGGUGGAAAUACCGGCAAGCCAAAUACUUUUACACCCGUCGAUCUUCGAUCUUUGAUUAACGGUGUGUUUGAAAGUGGAACUUUACUUGAGGGAAAUAACUUGGAAUGUUUCGUCUUUCAGGCCGCUCAAGCAGCACUUCCUGAUAUUGCUCGUGGUACUCUUACAAGCAUUGUGAAUGCCGUUCAGCCAUUCUCAGAUAUUGUUACGCAACGUCUCCUUAGUUUGGGCUAUGCACAACUGAAAAGCAUCGACCAAAGCACAUUCAACAGUUUCCCAGGAUACACUAAUUGCAAGAAUGGAUGCUCAUCGUAUUAGGUGAGAUAGCAUGAGGUGUACAAUUUACGGUGUUGUAAUAAUGACUGAAUGGGGGAUUUUUGGCUGUCGU